UGACAGCCUGCCGUCUCUCCUAGAUUAUUCAGUCUCUUACCUUUCUAUCUUUGAAUAACUGCCUAUUUUCAAGUGUCGACUGAUAUCAACAUUGUCUAUAACCGACCUGCAUUUUACACUCCUUAUCUCCACAGCGCCAUCUAGAUCUAGUGGAGCCUGGGUCCGAUCGAGACUUCAAUUCGGGCGAUCCCUUCUGACGGAGCCCCGUCUUGAGCUUUGCGCUCUUGACCACUCUCUCAAACCAUGGCGCCCGUCCAACACGCGGGUGCCAUCCCCGACAUUCCGGGCGAAGCAUCCAUUCCCCACAGCGACCUGACAGCAGACGAUAUCCUCCCAUCAAAUGUAAACCAUCUCACCAGUCGGUCCGACGGUCCCUCGGCCGUGGAUGACGCCCACAUUCUAAUCGCUCGAUCCGAUUCGAAAGAGAGCUACACCCCCGGCCACGGCACGGUUGAUCCCAACGACAUCAACAUGCAAGGACUGAUGGCGCUGUUCGCCAUCCUCGGAGCGGCCUUCGUCCUCGCAGGCAUUUGGUUCUUCUUCUGGGCCAAGAACGGCGGGUUCGUCUGGCGCAAGGGCGAUUGGGAGGACUACAAGUCGACGGUCCUGCGGCGCAAGGGCCCCGACGGACGAACACUUAGCAAUGCCACGAAGAGCACCAGACUAGGCGGCGGUAGCGUGGUUGGCAGGGACUACGUCGACGACGGCUACACCGUGACAGACAGCGCACCGGGAUACACCGACACCGCGACGACAGUGACCGAGAAAGAACCCAAGCGCAAGCGCCGGUUCCGCGAGGCCGCCAAGCAGAAGCUACUCCGACGACGACCAGAAGACGACCACUGGGAAGGCUCCGUGGACGAAGACGUGCGCGCCUAUCGCCAAGAGAAAGCCGCCUGUAUCGGCGGAAUCAACCGCGACCCAGACGGCACCUACCACGGCAGCGACUACGACACAUCGCAGGAGCCCAGCAGCUACCAACAAAGCGAGAUGAGCCAAGUCCGCGACUACGCCUACGAACGGCCCUCCGGACCGCCACCCACCCAAACCCGCAACUUCUCCUUCGUCCCCGGCGGCGACGACUCAGAGCUCAGCCAGGUUCCUCCUCCCCGCGCCGCGCGCGAGCCCUCCGCCCGCCGCCACAACCGCCGCCGCGAACGUCGCAGUCGCCCGCCCUCCGCCGUCCCCUCCCGCCAGACCAGCCCACGCAAGCACGGGGACAGACGCUCCGUGCCAGGCCACUACACCGAGCCACUGGACAUGUCGUCUGCGCCUUCGCGCUCAGAAUACCAGUAUUCCAAUGUUGACACGGAAGACGAAUCCGGCACCCGAAGCUACCACCAUCCUAUUCCGGGGCUGAGCAAGGGGUACCGCCGUGAAGGGGGACGCAGCCGACGCCGCGAUAGUCUCAGUGACAGCGACGGCGACGAAACUCGAUACACAUGAUUUUCCUUUUUCCUUUUUUUUUUUUUUUUUU